AACAUGAAUAAGGCCACCCAGAGAAACAAUCGGCGAAGGCAAAUGACAUGCUCGUGGGCGGCAUUGACUGUUGCGUACUGGCAAUCACGGCCGUAUAUGCAUGUCAAGCACAUGCAGCGACGAGUGUUGCUGGUUUCCUUGGAAAUGCGUUGCACUGGGUGACGACGGCCGAGCGGGCUCAGGUUGCGCAAAUCGGAUAUGUGUGAUGUCCAACGUAGCACACGACGCGAUGCCGGGGCAGCAGUUCUUAUGGCGGGGAUGGUUUGGAAAGGCAGUCGUUGGCGCCAAGCGUUGCGACGAAAGUAUCGUCACUGCUGGCGACGUAGAGGGUUUGGAAGAGGAUGAAGAAGGCUCCGCGCAAGUCGAAGGCAUUCGAGAUUCCACAGGUAGACCGACUGGAUUUGGGAUGUGCUGCGCCGCGAUAGUGAUGUGGACGAUCAAGGCCCGUGGGCAAUGGGCUGACUUGAGGAGUGGAGGGCAGACAGGCGAUGGCGGGGCGCAGGCAGCAAGCACCCAGGCAUCGAUGUCAUCGGUGCCAGAGGGUUGCGCCUUGCCAAGGAUAUGCCCGCAGGGUUGGGCACCGGUGUGUGCCUGCCUCCCGCCUCCCGGUUACUGUGAUUUUGAUUACUCUGGCGCCCUGGCAAAUCCAUGAAUGGCUGGGGAGCGUCGUGUCCAUCACAAGCAUGCAUUUGCAGAACCGCGUCAACAAAACUACAUCCCCAUUCGGGCUAUCUGGAAAGAACAAUCACUGCCUCGGCCGGGACCGUGCCAGUCCACAAAUAGCCCGCAUCCCCGAGUCCGCUCAGCGGCCCAG